CACCUACGGGAUUAUCAUCUCGAAAUCUCGGGUCUCCGCCGGUCGUCGUCCGUGCCCGGCCUCCGCUGAGCGGACUCUUCCUCGCGGCGCGGUCCGCGCGCAGAUGACCGCGCUUCUCGGGGUCGCGCGCUGCUGCUCAGGUCGCUCUCGCUCGCGGCAGCCGGCCCGUGCCGCUGGCUCGCGCCGAGGGAACGCGCACACACAUGGCUGCGCUCGCCUUGCCCAGGACCGAUCAUUUCCUGCACUCCUUCUUACAGGAUCGUACCCCCAGUUCUUCUCCAGACAGUAGCACCCACACGCUCUCCUUCCUGGCCUCCGCCUGUGGCCAGGCCCGGCAGGUGGGCAGCAGCGUGGACAUCGAGGGACCCCAGUUUCCAUAUGAAGGGGCUGUCAGCUCAACAUCUGGGAUGUUUCAGCUUUGGAGCAACGAUGUGGCACCAACCUCUGGCCUCGGUGCCCACCAGAUGGCCCUAACUAUGCCCAAAGUUCAGUUUCCAAGUCAUGUCCAGACCAGCCUGGGGUCACAUUCUCACCACCACCACCACCACCACCAUCACCACCAUGAACUGCCUCUUACACCACCUGCUGAGCCACCAGCCUCCUACUCCUUUGACCUCUCCCCUGUCAAAGUGCUGUCCUCUCAGGUACAAGCCAACAGCUCCUACUACCAUCAGCACAGCAGUGUGAGCCAGAGUUUCCCCAGCCUGCUCCAGAACUCCUCCAACAGGCACCACCUUGCUGGGAGCCACGUAGAGGAGGGCCAACAAUGGUGGAGUCUCCCGCAGACCAAUGGCAAUCCCCCGGGCCACCCCUUCACACUGGGGAGACAACUGGUCCUCGGGCACCAGCCUCAGAUUGCAGCCCUUCUUCAGGGUAGCUCAAAGGGACUCUUGAGCUCAACGCGCCGCUGCAGGAGGUGCAAGUGUCCCAACUGCCAGGCCUCCAGCAGUGGCCUGGCCAGCCAGCCUACUGAGGAGCUGGGCAAGAAGAGACUACACAUCUGCCACAUCCCUGAGUGUGGAAAGGUGUACAAGAAGACCUCCCACCUGAAGGCACACCUACGCUGGCAUGCCGGGGAGCGGCCCUUUGUCUGCAACUGGCUCUUCUGUGGCAAGAGCUUCACCCGCUCUGAUGAGCUGCAACGCCACCUGAGGACGCACACCGGGGAGAAGCGCUUUGGCUGCUCUCAGUGUGGCAAGAGGUUCAUGAGGAGUGACCACUUGGCCAAGCAUGUCAAGACUCACCAGAACCGCAAGGGCAGGAGCAGCCAGCACGCUCAGUCCCCGCACUCUGGUGCUUUGCUCAGGCAUAUCAAGAAAGAGUAAGAAGCCCAGGAACUGAUGAGGAAAGGCAGCCAGUCAUCACCAAACAUGAUUCAUAUCAAGGAACCAUUGCCAGGCUUCAUCCAGGAGUCAUACAUGUCCUACUACAAUUUCAUUUCACCAGUGUUUCCUCUGUCUCUGCUCUGUCCUUUAAAGUGUUCAUUUGAAUUUCUGCAGUUUUGCCACAUUGUAAACGUGUGCUAUAUCAGUGACUGUCCAUCGUUUAAAUCAUUGUAUUAUAAAACAUGGUGAGAAUCACUUCCAUGGGUUAUGGUGUUAGUGUACAAGGACCCAUGGCAGAGCAAUUUUACUUCCAUGCAUACAGUUUAAUCAAAAUAAUAUGGUAUGACAGAAUAUGCAAUACCACACACCUCACAAAUGUGUGUGUCAAACAGAGCAAAACUCACCAAGUGACAUUUCACUAAAUUAUAAAAUCUAAACAACCAGUCUAGUAAAGAUAGAUAGGACUUAGAAUGAGAAAAACAUGAAAAUCGAUAUUCGGUUGAAUAAAGAGAUUUAGAUCUGACACUGACUAAUUUGUCUUCAGAUUUCCCCAAAAACCUUGAAAACAGUAGGCUACUUGCAUCAAAAUUAUCUGU